AUGAUUGAAACAGGACGUCAAGAAGCAUCCAGCUUCGGUUCUACUGGAUGGAGAGACGAGAAUCCAGAGUCAAGACACCCAGAGAAGAAGAGACGCAACUACAUGAUGAACAGUCUGGGAAAGUCAAGGGUUGGGAAAGGGGAGCGGCCACACAGUCCCGCAUAUCAAGCAAGGAACGACAUAUGGAAUCAGACGUCGUCAGAAGUGCGUUUCCUCAUGCUCCGGCGGAAACAUGCGUCCCUCUGCUGGCCUGCUGCCUUCUCACAGGCAGGCGUGGUCGUGAAGCCGGGCCGCAGAAUGUGGUGUCGAGGUCUCAAGUCGUACGAAGUCCUCUGCUGCAGGGACGUCCCUGGUCCUCGGCCGAGCCGAUAUUGUCUCUUCCACCGCUCCAACCUUGAACGUGUGGGCGGCCGAUCCAACCUGUCGGGUUCCUGCAAUGCCCCAUGGGGAGGCCUUGCGUCUCGUCACCUUGAGAUACUUCUAUCCCGCCCGGUGCAAGAUGGAUCUCGAAUUGCUCUGAAGUAUUAA